AUGUACGCGACAGCUAAUCCCUUUUUUCUUUUCUUUUUCUUUCUCCCUUUUUCUUCCCAAGCCACGCCGCCAGCUCUUUCUUCUUCCGUUCUUCUUCCUUCUUUCCCCGAGCGCCUCCACCUCGCUGGCUCUACGCGAGCUUCCUUCCCGCGAGCUCCUCCCGUGGCCAAGCCCCCUGGCUCUCUCUCCCUCGCGCGCGCCUCCCCGUCGCCCGCGUCCGCCCCGCGCGCCCUCCUCUCCCCGCGCCUGCAGCUCCGCGAGCGCCUGCUGCCUCCCGCGCGAGCUCACCGCCGGCGCCGCCUCUCCUCGCGCGCCGCCCAGCUCCCGCUCCGCCCUCUGCUUCCCCGAGCGCCGCCCGGCCGCGCCUCUUCCUCUUCCGUGCCCGCACCAUCAGCCCUGCAUCGUCUGCCUCCUCGCCAAGCCGACCACGCGCGCCGCCCGCCUGCUGCUCCAGCACCACCACCCCGCGCGCCUCUCCCCUUGCUCCUGGCCGCGCCGCCAGCACCCGGCUCCGCCCGCGCGCCUCGCCCCGCCGCCCGGCGCCGCCUCCACCUCGCAUGCCCGCACGCGCGCCUCCCUUUCUCCUCUGCUCUGCCCGCCUGCAGCGCUCCCCACCAGCCUCCUCUGCCUCCAGCCCGAAGGCCCGAGCAAGCCCGGCUCGCCCAAGCCCAGCCGAGCCCCCUCCUGGCCCAUCUUCUCUGGCCCGUCUCAAAGCCCAGCAAUGCCCAGGCCCGUGGCCUUUUCCCCUUUUCUUUUCUGUUUUCUAAAAUUAAUAGAAUCCUGACGUGUGGGCCCUGCUGGUCAGCGCCUCCAUGUGCUUGCUGCUGUGCUGACGUUGCCGCCGCUCUGCGUGUGCUUCGCCGUGCCGCUGCUCAAGACCUUGCCGUGCGCCGCGAAGACCGACGAACCCCGGAGUUGGAGCCUUGAACGACUACUUCGCCGCGACGACUACAUCGCCUACGUGAACAGUUACUUCGCCUAUGACGACUACGUGUAUGACUAUGUCGACUACUUCCUCUACAUCGCGACGCCGCACGUGUCCAAGUCUUCGAUUCCUACAACGACGACUACGCUUGUGUUCUUCUUCCAGAAUUCUUGCUCAAUUCCGGACAAUUGAGUACUCCAGGCAAGCAGCCAUUUCUUGAACAUGUUGAUUAUACCCAAUGCCUCUCUCUCUUUCUUGCACUAAGUUACGUUCUCAGUUCUGGUCACGAUGCCUCUAGGAUUGCAUAGCUUUUAGUCAGCUCCACUUAUUGCCUUAUGUCUUGUUACUUGUCCUAAUACCAUGUCACAUGUUUGUUGAUGCCCUACAUCUUGGUCAUUAGAUGUCAUGCUUAGUUGCGAAUCUACUAUUCUUAUAUCUGUGGUUCCACAAUUGCUACAUCCACAUGCUACUUCCUGUAUUUAAAUUGCAAUUAUUGAACCGUGAUAUGAUAUUAAAUUGUAACAAGGCAACGAUGGGAGGCCGUGCUCGAACGCA